AUGGUGAAAGUUGUGAUUCCACCACCAACGAGUUUUGCUAUUAAUAAGGAAAGAAGAUUGCUGAGGAAACACUUUCAGAUAUUAUAUUCAGGUACAACUGGUGAGAAAAUAGACAUCCAUAUUUUCACUCGUAUGCUGGCGCAAUUGAUGGUUCAUGGCGUAGCUGGGAACGCCGUUGUACAGCUAUAUGAGAAAAUUGCACAAAUUCUGCACAAGUUGAAGCUUCACUUCUUUAUAAGAGACGACAGCAAGAACAAAAAGAGCAAUGGAUGCUAUAAAAGGUUACCUCCACUCCAAUUCUUUUUUAAGGAGAAACAGGACCGCUGCGUCUUACAAAGGUCCGGCAUGAGCUCUUGUGAUUCAUGA